CCGGUUGGAGCCUCCGUGGCUAGAGAGGAGUCGCGGCCGGUCCGAGGAGGGUCGGACCGGGAGAGAAGCCGGAAGCAGAGCCGCCGCCGCGGCGGGCGCCUGGAACUUGGGGAAACAGAACCGGAGCCACCAGACAGAGCCGGGCCUUGCCCAGAAACAUGGACAGUUGCUACGACCCACAGGGCCUCGAUGGGAUCAUUAAAUACGAGGGUUUCAAAUUCAACCCGGCUAUUGAGGAGCCGAAGGAGCCCAUGCCAGAGACAGCUGAUGGCCCAUAUCUGGUGAUUGUGGAGCAGCCGAAGCAACGAGGCUUCCGAUUCCGAUAUGGCUGCGAAGGCCCCUCCCAUGGAGGGCUGCCAGGUGCUUCCAGCGAGAAGGGCCGGAAGACGUAUCCCACAGUCAAGAUCUGUAACUACGAGGGACUGGCCAAGAUCGAGGUGGACCUGGUAACACACAGUGACCCGCCUCGCGCUCAUGCCCACAGCCUGGUGGGCAAGCAGUGCUCGGAGCUGGGGGUCUGCGUCGUGUCUGUGGGGCCCAAGGACAUGACUGCCCAGUUCAACAACCUGGGCAUCCUGCAUGUGACCAAGAAGAACAUGAUGGAUAUCAUGAUACAGAAACUUCAACGGCAGCGCCUCCGCUCCACAUCCCUGGGACUUAUUACAGAGGCUGAGCGGCGGGAACUGGAGCAGGAGGCCAAAGAGCUGAAGAAGGUGAUGGAUCUGAGCAUCGUUCGGCUCCGCUUCUCUGCCUUCCUUCGGGCCAGCGAUGGCUCCUUCUCCCUGCCCCUGAAGCCAGUUAUCUCCCAGCCCAUCCAUGACAGCAAAUCCCCCGGAGCCUCUAACUUGAAGAUUUCUCGAAUGGACAAGACAGCUGGCUCUGUGCGGGGUGGAGAUGAGGUUUAUCUGCUUUGUGACAAGGUGCAGAAAGACGACAUUGAGGUUCGCUUCUAUGAGGACGAUGAGAAUGGCUGGCAGGCCUUUGGGGACUUCUCUCCCACAGAUGUCCACAAACAGUAUGCCAUCGUGUUCCGGACACCUCCCUAUCACAAGAUGAAGAUCGAGCGCCCCGUCACCGUGUUCCUGCAACUGAAGCGCAAACGUGGAGGCGACGUCUCCGACUCCAAACAGUUCACCUACUACCCGCUGGUGGAAGACAAGGAAGAGGUGCAGCGCAAGCGCCGGAAGACCUUGCCCACCUUCUCCCAGCCCUUCGGGGGCGGAUCCCACAUGGGUGGAGGUUCUGGGGGCUCAGCCGGCGGUUUUGGAGGAGCAGGAGGAGGAGGGGGCAGCCUCGGCUUUUUCUCCUCUUUGGCCUACAGCCCCUACCAGUCGGGCGCGGCCCCCAUGGGCUGCUACCCGGGAGGUGGGGGCGGGGCGCAGAUGUCCGCUGCGCCCAAAACGGAGGACGAGGACGGAGCAGCCGAGCUCAGCGCGCCCUCCGAGACCCCCCAGCACGAGGCGCCAGCCCCGGAGCAGCUGCGGCAAGCUCGCGAGUACAACGCGCGCCUGUUCGGCCUGGCGCAGCGCAGCGCCCGAGCCCUGCUCGACUACGGCGUCACGGCGGACGCACGCACGCUGCUGGCGGGACAGCGCCACCUCCUGACGGCCCAGGACGAGGACGGAGACACGCCGCUGCACCUGGCCAUCAUCCAUGGGCAGAGCAACGUCAUCGAGCAGAUAAUCCAGGUCAUCUGCCAUGCGCAGCACCUUGGCGUGGUCAACCUCACCAACCACCUGCACCAGACCCCCCUGCACCUGGCGGUGAUCACAGGGCAGGCCCACGUGGUGAGCUUCCUGCUGCAGGUGGGCGCCGACCCGGCGCUGCUGGACCGCCACGGAGACUCGGCGCUGCACCUGGCUCUGCGGGCUGGCGCCUGCGCCCCCGACCUGCUACGCGCCCUGCUGCAGAGCGGGCUCCCCAGCGUGCUCCCACUGCUGCACAUGCCCGACUUCGAGGGGCUGUACCCGGUCCACCUGGCAGUGCGCACGCGGAGCCCCGAGUGCCUGGACUUGCUGGCCGAGAGCGGGGCUCAGGUGGAGGCUGCAGAGCGGCAGGGCGGUCGGACGGCCCUGCACCUGGCCACGGAGAUGGAGGAGCUGGGCCUGGUCACCCAUCUGGUCACCAAGCUCCAUGCCGAUGUGAACGCCCGCACCUUCGCAGGGAACACCGCCCUCCACCUGGCCGCCGGGCUGGGGUCCCCAACUCUCACGCGCCUCCUGCUGAAGGCGGGUGCCAACAUCCACGCAGAGAAUGGGGAGCCACUGCGCCUGCUGCCCUCGCCCCCCAGCUCCGAGAGUGACUCAGAUUCAGAGGGGGACAUCCCAAGAGGCUUCCGGGGUCACACAGCUCUUGACCUCACUCGCAGCACCAAGGUGAAGACCCUGCUGCUCCACGCUGCUCAGGGCAGGCUGGUGCCCCCCGUGACCCCGCCGAGCCCUGCAGCACCAGAGCUUCCCCUAGAGGAACCAGCCCUGCAGCACCUGGAGCAACUGCUGGACCAGCCGGGCACACAGGGUGGCUGGGCAGAGCUGGCGGAGCGCCUGGGGCUGCGCAGUCUAGUGGACACUUACCGGAAGACGGCGUCCCCGAGUGGCAGCCUCCUGCGCAGCUACAAGCUGGCUGGUGGGGAUUUGGCGGGGCUGCUGGACGCCCUGUCCGACAUGGGCCUGGAGGAGGGUGUCAGGCUGCUGAGGGGCCCGGAAGCCGGGGACAAGCUGCCCAGCACAGUGGAGAUGAAGGAGGACAGCGCCUACGGGAGCCAGUCGGUGGAACAGGAGGAGGCUGAGAAGCUGGGCCCGCCACCCGAGCCGCCAGGCGGACUCUGCCACGGGCACCCCCAGCCCCAGGUGCACUGACUGUGCCCGCCUGCCAGCCCCUUCCUUCCUGGGCCACUCUGUACAGCCCCCCCCCAUUCCAGCUCUUAUUUAACGCCCCAUGCCCACCCCUUGGUGGAGACCAAUAAAGAAUUUUCAUGGGAGAGGGAGGGGGCCCAGCCUCC